AUGACUUCUUGUGGCAAAGUAGAAAAUCCAAUUCUAUGUGCAAAGGGUUGUGGUUUUUAUGGAACUUCAAGCAAUAACAAUCUUUGUUCUCAAUGCUACAAAGCUUUUCUGAAAGAAGAAGAAGCCAAGAAUGUCGCGGUUUUAUCGGUGAAGAUAUCAUCUCUUACUUGUCAAGAUGAUUCUAAAGGUACAACCGAGAAUAUUAAGCAAAGAUGCAUGACUUGCAAGAAGAAAGUAGGAUUAAUAGGGUUUAGUUGUCGAUGUAAAGGAAUGUUUUGUAGUGUUCAUAAGUAUCCUGAAGAACAUGCAUGUACUUUCGAUUACAAGUCUUCUGGUCGUGUCACUUUGGCUACGGAAAAUCCUCUUUGUAGACGUGAUAAGCUUGAGAAUAGGAUCUAA